GGCCCCUGGUUUUCACUUUGUUAAGAGAAAACCAACUGUAUUUUUAUUUUCCUUAUAACCUUUUUUACAUUAUAUAACUCUUCAAUUUUUCACAUACUUCCAAUUUUUCAUUUCUUCAUUUAUAUAUACCCCUCUCCGUUUCUCAUUCUUCUACAGAGAAGAACAAAAAAAAUUCACUACUCUUACUCUGUUUUUGCUCUGUUUCCCCUGUUUUUACACAAUUGAAAUUCUCAUUUUGAAUUAGUUUCAGCAAUACCCAUCUCUUGAAUUUUGAGAAUUUUGAUCAAUUUUUGAAUACCCAUCUGUUGAAUUUUGAGAAUUUUUGAAUACCCAUUUGGAAUUUUUUGUUAAAUGGGGAUUGAAACGAGUGUGAGUAAAAAGAAAGGGAAGGAAAUUAGUGAAGAAUUGGGAAAUGAAAAGAAUUCAGCACCUCCAGCUCCGCCUCCGGCUCCGAUUAUGAAUACAAAAACGAAUGGUAUGAUGAUGAUCAGAGGAGGCAGCAAUAAAAAGGCUCGCCGGAAACCGAGUGGGAAGAAGACGGUGUUUGUUUCGCCGGUUCAGAAUCUUUAUGAUACUUGUAAAGAAGUGUUUGGGUUUACUAGUGGCGCUGGAAUUGUUCCUCCUCCUGAUCAGAUUGAGAAGCUUAGAGCUGUUUUGGAUGAAAUCAAACCAGAGGAUGUGGGUCUGUUUCCAUUAUUGCCAUAUCUUGGUUCACCACCUGCAGCUGGUAGAACCCCACCUAUAAGAUACAUUCGGCUGCACGAAUGUGACAAGUUCUCGAUAGGUAUCUUCUGGUUCCCUCCAUCAGGUGUCAUUCCUCUGCAUAAUCAUCCCGGGAUGACUGUAUUUAGCAAGCUGCUUUUCGGAAAGAUGCAUAUCAAAUCAUACGACUGGGCAGAUGAUGUCCCAUGUGACGGGACUCCAGCAGCGAACCCUUCUGAAGCAAAGAAACCUGAAGUCGAGCAACUUGAAAUGAAUCAGGCCGAUGCCCAGGAGCCCGUAGUGAAGAAGGCUGAUGCCCAGGUACCUGAAGUGAAGCAGACCGACGCUCAGCAAUUUGAAGAGAAGCAACCUGAUGUGCAGCCUCCUCAAGUUCGUCUGGCUAAGGUCAAGAUUGAUUCUGACUACACCGCACCUUGCAACUCCUGCAUUCUUUACCCUGCAGAUGGAGGCAACAUGCAUCGCUUCACAGCAGAGACACCAUGUGCGGUGCUAGAUGUGCUUGGCCCCCCAUAUUCAGAUCCUGAAGGACGUCAUUGCACAUACUAUUACGACUUCCCAUUCACCAAGUUCUCAGUCGAUGGGGUUUCCGUGCCUGAAGAUGAGACCGAAGGUUAUGCGUGGCUUCAGGAAAGGGAGAACACACCUGAGGAACUCUACAUUGUUGGAGAAUUAUACAGAGGACCAAGAAUCAUUAAAAAUUGAGCCAAUUAUCAAUCAUAGGCUGCUGUUAGGAAACCACAGGAGAUCUCAGUUUCGAUCUUUACCAUUUUAAGUUUCUUUCUCGCCUUUUUCUCUUGUGGAUCAUGAAGCACUCGGUGCCUUUUUUUGGUUAGUUUGAGUCGAUAGGUUCUGUACAUAAAAAGGUUUAAAGGAAAAAAGAGUUUGCUUGUAGGUGCACCGGCAAAGAGGUUUGAUAGAUAGUUCUAUGAGUAAAUGUUAAAAGUGCACUUUUUUGGGUAACUAUCAUCUCAUUACAUGGGAGAUUCUUGUCUAGUCCGGGUUCAUGACGGGACCAUUCUCGUACGAGUGAACUUCAACAUUUAAAAAUUCUUGUAAGAGUGGUCUAAGAAAAUCCGGUCUAAAUAAGAAAUUUCUUUCAUUAUUAUUA